AUGGACGGAGGGCAGAGAAAAGGAGGUGCCCAGAAAUGUUCCGCUGGCAGCGUGGAAGGCCCUUACACUGACCUGAAAGAAGCUGGAACAACAAUUAGGAGCCCAGGGACUGGAGCGGACGGCUCAGGACCGCAGGCACAGAGGGCGGGCACCCGGCCUGGUGCCCACGUCUGCGCCGGCGGGUCACGUGAACGCCGCAGCACCGACUUCGGUCGCCCCCACGUCCCGCCUACUAGCCUGCGCUUGCCAGCCACCUACCACCUCUCCUUAAGCAGCGACCUCUUCGAGCGCCUCGCCGAGGAGGCCGGCUGCCUGGCCCGUUACAACCAGCGCUGCACCCUCACCUCACAGGACAUCCAGGCCGCCGUGCACCUGCUGCUGACCGGGGAGCUCCGCAAGCAAGCCGUGGCGGAGGGCACCAGGGCUGUGCUCAGGUUCACCAUGAGCACAUGA